GGGAGAACUGCGAGCGAGUCGAACCGGCUUCCUGACGAGCCAAUUCGCCAAGACGAGGAGGAUUGAGGCCUUGAUGCCUCGGCGCCCGAGCACCGGGAGGACGAAAUUCCGUACGCAGGGGCCACGAUCUCAUUUCAUCUGCAGCGACAGUGCUCCGUUUUCAACUUUACAAGCUAAUAUCUCCACCAAUAUUGAUCAGAUAUGUCUCUAGAAAAGGAAUUCAAUACUCCUCGCCGCGUAGCCUUUUUUAGGCUAUACGAUCAGUCGAAAAGCCGUCGUUCUUUUAACUCAAUCUGCCGCGAAAAAGGGAUCGAGAUCCACCCAUCAACAGGUCGAAAAUGGCUUACCUAGCGCGAACAAUUAGGGCCACAGGCUCUAAGACGGACAAGAGGGAUAAGCAAGCGCCUUGGCCGACCCCGUGACCUCGAUAACCAGACCCUACAGGACCUCCUCGACCCGGAGAAUCCCCUCCACGGAAAGGACUAUACCGAAAUGGCAGAAGUGCUCGGCGUCGCGGCUAAAACUCUCCAGCGGAACCUCUCCAAACGGCUUAACGCAAGGCGAUAUAAGAAGCCAAAGGGCAAGGCUAUUAGCGACGUGAAUAAGGGGGUCCGGACGGCCUAUGGGGAGGAGCACCGGGGCAAGACGAUCAUAGAGUGGUGGCAAUGGGUCUACUUUACGGAUGAAGUCCAUUUCAAUUCGAAAGAGCUCGCGGAUAAGCAGGAAUACGAGCUACGGGUCCCAGGCCAAUCUCAACGGCUUAAAUCAAUUCAAGAGGUCCAAGGGGCCCCUCUCGACGUGACGGUUCACGUCACGGCCGGAAUCUCCUAUAAUCAGAAGGGGAUCUUCGAGUUCUACUCUGAUCCAGCCGAACCGGCUGCGAAGGGGGUCUACCGACCCCGGAAGCCUCGUAAAUCGAGCGUCCAGACCCCCGAGGAACUGGCUACCGUACGGGAGGCAUGGGAAGUAGCCCAAAGGGGUGGUGGUCUUGACGCAGAUAUUAAGAUCAAAGGGAACUCGAUGACUCAAAAGUAUUAUACCAAAUAUAUUCUCCCAAAGCACAUCGAGCGCCUCAAGGCGCUUGAGGCCCAAUACGACCACGUCUUUUACCUACAAGAAGAUGGGGAUCCGUCCCAUGGGACGCGGAGCUGGAAUAAUCUAGCGGCGCAGGCAAAACGCGCGGCAGGUAUCUCCAUCCUCCCCCACCCUGCACAGUCGCCUGAUCUUAACCCUAUCGAGGCCAUUUGGCAACUCAUAAAGCAACGCCUGCGUGGUGGGAACUGGCAGACAGUGGAAGAGUUCAAAGGAGCGAUUCUACGUGAGUGGAGGCGUAUUACACAGCAACAGAUCCGCUCAAGGAUAUCUGAGAUGCGCUGGCGGUGUAAGGAAGUUGUCCAACUUGAAGGAAACCGUAUUAGAAGCUCGUUGUGGUAGAACCGAAGAUAGAAGUGUAGAAAUAGAGCGAUUAUGGAAUGC